CGCCUUCAGGCUUCAAUUCCCUCACUCCAUUCCCCACUUCCCCAUUUGCAACCAAAAAGAAAUAACAAUGGCCAGGCUCUCUAGCAUCAUUGCCCUCUUCGCAGUUGCACUGCUGAUUGCAGAUGCCUACGCCUACCGCACCACCAUCACCACCGUGGAGGUGGACGAGGACAACCAAGGUCGGCAGGAGAGGUGCCGCCACAUCAGGCCCCGCGAGCAACUCCGCAGUUGCCAGGACUUCCUCAGGCAGCAGGGCGGCGGCAGAAGAGAAAUUUUGGAGAACCAAUGGGGGAGAGAGCAAGGCUUGGAAGAGUGCUGCCGACAACUGAGGAACGUGGAAGAGCAGUGCAGGUGCGAUGCUUUGGAGGAGGUUGCUCGUGAGGUACAGAGCCAGCAGCAUGGCCAACAAGGAAGCCAAAUUCUACAGCAUGCAAGGAUGUUGCCAUCCAUGUGCCAAAUCCGCCCACAGAGAUGCGACUUCUAAGCACCCUCUUAAUUUUCUAGCCUACGCACUCCAAAUAGCACAUUCUACCGUGCUUUUUAUCUUAUGUUUUAAUAAAUAAAGCCUUUAAAUAGCUCUGGCUCUUGCUCCUACUAAAUAACACUUUUUGUGUGCGAAACUUUGCUUUA